UUUUUUUGGUCAACCCCUUCUCGCCAUUUCUGAUGUCCGCCGGAUGUCAAUUCUUUUUCAAGAAAAUUCACAUCCUAUUCAACACAAAUUAAAUUCGUAUUAAAAAAAAGCACACAAAUUAAAUUAAUCAGUCUGAACCCAAAAAUAAAAAAUAAAAUAAAAUAAAAAUCAUUGCAGCGGACAGCAGAUGGCGUUUAUCAAUUCUAGUAGCCAUAUUCAAGUAUCGAGGCACCGAUCAUGAACUUAGGGUUCUAUUGACCACGCCAAUCUGUGUAGUAGAACUGUGAAUGAUGUCAAGACCUGUGUUGCUUGUUUUUCUGCUUAUUGUUCUCAUAAUCACUUCCCAGUUUGAGUGGAGGCAACCACUUGUGGUUGACCUUGAUGCAACUCCAAGCAUCUCUCAAAAGCAGAAUCAGAUCUCAGAUAGAGAAGAAGCCGUAAAAGAGAAGAUCAUAUUAUUGCAAGAAAAGAACAUUCAGAGACUAAAUGAGCUUGUUCGUAGUCUCCGGGAACAGUUGGUACAGUGUAGGAGCAAGACUCAGACCACAAAUCACACUGUUGCAGGAAAUAUGUAGCAUCAUCAUCCGUUGGGACCUGCUCCUAAGCCACCUACUACUUUAGAAGGAGAAGUGUGUCAUGUAUUUCAUCAUCAAACAUCACUUUUAACGGAUUUCCCAUCUAUUUGUGAUGGGUUGUUUAGCUGCUUCAUCUCAUCCUACACAAAUCACAUAUAUAGUAGAAAAUGAGACAUCACACCAAAAGCCAAAUGACUAUUAAUAUGCAAAGCAAGAGGAGGUUACUAUAGUACAUUUACACCUUCAGCCCCAUGUCCGCAUAAGAAUCAACAAUAACACACCAAAUGUAAUUGUAUAAGCUCUUACAUAAGCAUUCUUG